CAGAACACUUGCCUUGUCUCACAAUCACGAAACCUUUGUUAUUGUUGUUCUUAGCUCAGUAUUUCUGAAAUGUAUCAGAAUUGAAAUAAAUUAGUUAACAAAUAAUGGAGGAAGAGAAUCAGUUGCCAUUGAAGCGAGUGGAGCUUUCUUUGUCGAAGUUCAACGACGUCGCGAUACCACACCACCUAGAGCUGCUGAGACAACACAAGGCUAACAUUAUCAAGCAUGAAGAAGCAGGCCAGUAUGCACAAGUCCGUCGUGAGCAGGCGGGCGCGGGCCGCGCCGCGGCACGCCUACGUUCCCUACUUGCGGAGCUGGCAGCCCUCCGCGCACGCGUUCGGGAGUCUGACCGCCAAGCCUUUGAUACCAAGACACAGCGGUCGAGGGACCUGACUUUGCAGGCUAUCAUGGAUUAUCUAGGAUUGAUAGAGAGAAGUUGCACCGGCCUGGCUCGGCCCCUCGCUCGCCCCCGCGAAUCAUCACCAAUGAGCAUAACGCGGUCAGAACCGAGUAUGCCCGCGGUAGCCGGCAGUGCGGUGUCUACAGACUCCGUCGGCGUGGUGGCGCACGCGAGAGAGAGAGCGGAGACCGGUCAGAGUGAGAUAGAAGAUGAUUGCGAUGUUCCGAUGCUGCAGCUACAAGUUGACGAUCGGGAGCUAGCCCUGGCCGAGCGCGAGGCAGCCUUACGAGGCUGGACAGAACUGCAAGCGGAGCUGCGAGCCCUGCACGGCGUGUGGGCGGCGACGCACGCGGCGGCGCGCGCGCAGCGGGAGCUCGUGCUCGACACGGCGAGCCGCGUGGACGUCGCCGCCGGGAACGUGGAGGCGGCGCGGGCGCAUCUCUCCAGUGCCGAGAAAUUACGUGCGGGCGCGUGGGGCUUGGGCGGGGCCUGCGUGGGCGCGCUGGUGGGCGGCCCCGUGGGGCUGGUGGUGGGCGCCAAGGCGGGCGCCGCCGCGCUGCUCGCCGGCUCCGCGCUCGGCUACCUGGGCGCGCGCCUGCUGGGGCACAAGCGGCAGGAGCAGCUCGCCAUAAUGGAUCCUCCAGCGAACGAGGAGCCACCCCAGGAGGAGAAGAAGGUGCAAUAGCGACUGCAGUGCGUCUGCUUCUAGACGCACUCCCCCACACAACACUCGCUACGUGAGAUUUAAGGCCCGUUUAGACGGCAAGCGAGCGAGCAUGCGAUUUUCAGCCGCAAAAAUCGACGUUCAAAUCGUAAUGUGACCUCGCACCGUGUAAGUGGGCACUUUAACCAACGUUUUACCAUAUCUAGUCGUAAGAUCAUAACGGGU